AUGGACGGAAAGACUCCUAUGCAGGCACUGGAAUGCGUGCUGCAUGACAACCGGUUCAUUUACGAAACCCGACAGGAACCCAAAACAGAUGUCAUAACAGAGCUUUUCUUUGUUCAUCCUCUUUCAAUCACUAUGUGGCGUGCAUUCCCGCACGUGAUGUUGAUCGACACGACCUACAAAACAAACAUCUACAACAUGCCAUUUGUCCAGGUUGUGGGUUUGACGUUGACCAACAAGUCCUUUUAUAUCGCACAUGCCGUUAUUUGCAAAGAACGAAGGGAUAACUUCGUGUGGGUGCUUGAGCGGAUCAAGUCAAUGUUGCAUGAAUGGGUCUUUAAUUAUGUCUACAAAAACUGGCUCAAAGACUAUAAAGAAAUGUUCGUUUGUGUGUGGACAAAUAAGUGUCGCAACUUUGGUCAGCACACCACCAACAGAGUUGAGAGCCAGCACGCAAAUUUAAAAAGAUACGUUACGCGCGGGAGUUCAUUGGAGCGAAUAGCAAGAUGCGUCAUUGAUAUAAUUGAAACUCAGUAUGGGGAAAUACAAAAAAGUUUCACCGACAGCAUCGAAAAAACGAUGAACCACCACAAAAACUUACUGUUGGACAACCUACGUGGAAAGGUUUCCCAUACAGCACUUGAUUUGCUGGAAGGAGAGCUAACGAGGAAGCUGGAGGUGUUGCAGAAACUUAACCCAUCAUGUGGUUGCCAUAUGUGGCUUAGUUAUGGGUUGCCGUGUGCUUUUAGGCUGGAAAACUACAAACAGCGUAAGAUACAACUCGACGACGUAGAUGUAUUCUGGCGUAAGUUUGACUUACUACCGUGUAAACUGAGUAGGUAUGGAUCUUAA